AUGGUCGCUCCGGCGGACGGCAAGACAUCGCCGCUACUCUCACUCGCUGCGGGAGGCAUCGCCGGCGGUGUAGAAGCCGCCUGCACGUACCCAUUUGAGUUCGCCAAGACGCGAGUACAGCUCUAUGGGCACCAGAAAGGGACAAGGAACCCCUUCGCGAUUGUUCUGCGCGUUGCGCGCGAUGAGGGGUUGCCAGCGCUUUACAAGGGAUGCAGCACGAUGAUCGUGGGGUCUAUCGGGAAGGACGCGGUGAGGUUCGUCGCGUUCGACAGCAUUCGCUCCGUAUUCGAAGACAAGAAGACGCGUACGCUAGGACCCAUGCAAAGUAUCGCGUCAGGAAUGGUAGCUGGGAUCGUCAGCAGCACGAUCAUUGUCACACCGAGCGAGCGCAUCAAGACAGCGCUCAUCGACGAUGCCAAGACAACGCGACGAUUCACAGGUGCAGUGAAUUGCAUCAAAACUCUGACACAAGAACAAGGAGUUCUGAAGGCUCUUUGGCGCGGCUAUAUAACCACAACCCUGAAACAAAUCGGCACCACGGGAUUUCGCCUCGGCAGCUAUAGUAUCAUCAAAGACUUCGAGCGUAGCAAGGGAAUCAGCCCUGAGGGUCCGAUCAUGAGCUUUGCCAACGGCGCGCUUGCUGGCACAGUCACGACCGUAGCGACGCAACCCUUUGAUACGAUCAAGACAAAGGCUCAACAGGCCAAAGCCGUGGGCACAAUGGAGUCAUUUCGAGCGAUCAUGGCCGAGGAUGGAGUAAAGGGCCUUUGGAGAGGUACAGUCAUGCGACUAGGACGAACGGUUUUGGCCGGUGGCAUUCUGUUCACGGCUAACGAACAAGCUUUGAAGGGCCUGAAAAUAUUGUUGGGAAAACAAUGA